CCCAGCAAUCACCCGACACCUGCUCUCGCUCUCUAUCUUUCUUUGUCUCUAGCCGCAGGGGAGGCAGAGCCGUGGCCGAUCGCCUCGCCGCAUCCCUGCAUCGUAGCGGUGUCGGCAGAGCGACCGGCGAGCAAUGGAGGCGGGCGUGGGGAUGGCGCUGCAGUCGAGGGCGGCGGGCUUCGGCUCCGGCCGCCGCCGGGGCGCGAUGUGCGACGCCCGGAGGAGCUCCCGGAUCGGGAGCUUCAGGGUCGCCGAUCAGGUGCCGUCGCCGGCCGCCGCCGUGCGGGCGCGCGGGUCCAAGCCCAUCGCGCCGCUCCGCGCCAAGAAAUCGUCCGGAGGUCAUGACAACUUACAUAACUCCGUAGACGAUGCCCUCCUGUUGAAGAGAAAAUCGGAAGACGUUCUGUUCCACAUGAACGGGCGGUGUAUCUACUUAGUUGGAAUGAUGGGUUCUGGGAAAAGUACGGUGGGGAAGAUCUUGGCUGAAGUUUUGGGUUAUUCUUUCUUUGACAGUGACAAAUUGGUUGAACAAGCUGUUGGCAUGCCUUCGGUUGCGCAAAUUUUCAAGGUUCAUAGUGAAGCCUUCUUCAGAGAUAAUGAGAGUAGUGUCUUGAGGGAUUUGUCCUCAAUGCGGCGAUUAGUUGUUGCUACUGGAGGUGGUGCUGUUAUCCGACCAGUUAACUGGAAAAAUAUGAAGAAGGGCCUAUCUGUCUGGUUGGAUGUGCCCCUGGAGGCUCUUGCAAGGCGUAUUGCUAAAGUGGGGACUGCGUCCCGUCCUCUUCUAGAUCAGCCAUCUGGCGAUCCUUACACAAUGGCCUUUUCUAAACUCAGCACGCUCGCAGAGCAAAGGGGUGAUGCUUAUGCAAAUGCUGAUGUGAGGGUUUCUCUCGAAGAGAUUGCAUCUAAACUGGGUCACGGUGAUGUCUCUAAGCUGACGCCCAUCGACAUUGCUCUUGAGUCGCUCCACAAGAUCGAGAGCUUUGUCACGGAAGACACUGUCACUGACUCACAAACAGAAUCGCAAGCUCAAUGGAUGCAGACCUUGUAGGAUUUUUGGCUUGUUGUACCAUGUAGUGCGCUGCCUAGCGCAGCUGAGUUAUUUGUUUGUUGUACCGAGUACCGACAUGGAGAAAGCUGAAGUAUCUUUAUUUUGUAUAAGCUGUAAAAAAGAAGAAAUGAAUGAGCCAUUAUGAAAA